AUGAACAAGAGCCUAUCUGACGUCGCCGACGCCGAGCACAAGGAGAGCGAUGUCUCUAUCAACUUGAACACGGAGCCCUACGGCCCCCCGGGCUUCAAGGGCAUUGCCGCAUCCCGCUACGUAGCCUUGUGCGCCUCCUUCAGCGCCAUUGGCGGCCUUCUCUUCGGCUACGACCAGGGUGUCAUCUCCGUCAUCCUCGUCAUGGACGAGUUCCUCGGGCGCUUCCCCGAGGUGUCCGAGAGCGCCUCUGGGGCCGGCUUCUACAAGGGCCUCAUGACGGCCAUGAUCACCCUUGGCGCCUUUGUCGGUGCCUUUAACCAGGGCUGGAUCGCCGACGCCUACUCGCGCAAGCGCUCCAUCAUGAUGGCCGUCGUCAUCUUCACCUUUGGCUCCGCGUUGCAGACAGGGUCCAUCAACUACACCAUGCUGGUCAUUGCUCGCCUCUUUGGCGGCAUCGGCAUCGGCAUGUUGAGCAUGGUCGUCCCCCUCUACAUCUCCGAGAUAUCCCCUCCUGAGAUCCGCGGCACCCUCCUCGUUCUGGAAGAGCUCAGCAUCGUUCUCGGCAUCGUUGUCUCCUUCUGGAUCACCUACGGAACCCAGUACAUCAAGUCGGACUGGUCGUGGCAGCUGCCCUUCCUCAUCCAGAUCAUCCCCGGCCUGGCCCUCGGCUUCGGCGCCAUCUUCCUGCCCUACUCGCCCCGCUGGCUCGCCUCCAAGGGCCGCGAGCAGGAUGCCCUCAUGAACCUGGCCAAGCUCCGGUGCCUGCCCACGACCGACUCGCGCGUCCAGCGUGAGUGGCUCGAGAUCAUUGCCGAGGCCACGUUCCAGAAGGGCGCUCUGGCCGAGCGCCAUCCUGCCCUCGUCAACGGGGCCGGCAUCCAGAAGCUCAAGCUCGAGCUCGUCUCGUGGGCGGACUGCUUCAAGAAGGGCUGCUGGAGGCGAACCCACGUCGGCGCUGGCCUCAUGUUCUUCCAGCAGUUUGUCGGCAUCAACGCCUUGAUCUACUACUCUCCCACACUCUUCGGGACCAUGGGCUUGGACCACAACAUGCAGCUCAUCAUGUCGGGCGUCCUCAACAUCACGCAGCUCUUUGGCGUCGUGUCCAGCCUGUGGACGCUCGACCGUUUCGGACGGCGCAAGAUCCUCAUGUGGGGCAGCGUCGGCAUGUUCAUCGCGCACUUCAUCAUCGCCAUCCUGGUCGGCCUCUACUCGAGCAACUGGCCCGCCAACACCAGCAAGGGCUGGACCAGCGUCGCCUUCCUCCUCUUCUACAUGCUUGCCUUUGGCGCGAGCUGGGGGCCGGUGCCGUGGGCCAUGCCCGCCGAGAUCUUCCCCUCGUCGCUGCGAGCCAAGGGCGUUGCCAUUUCUACUUGCUCAAAUUGGAUCAACAACUUUAUAGUGGGCUUGAUCACGCCGCCUCUGGUGCAGAACACGGGCUUCGGCGCCUACGUCUUCUUCGCCAGCUUCUGCUUCCUGUCGUUUGCAUGGACGUUCUACUUUGUGCCCGAGACGGGCGGCAAGACGCUCGAGGAGAUGGACGAGGUCUUCAAGGACUACAGCAGCAGCGAGGAGAUGGCGCGCAAGAGCAGGCUCUUGGCCGAGACCAUCCGGGAGAGGUCAGGGCGCAACGAAGCGGCGUAG